UCCCAUUGGCGCAUCCUCCUGUCGCUCAGCGCCGCGGGGAGCGCGGAUUGGCGGCCGCCUCACGGGGUGUCCCGCCCCGCGGGGCCGUGCGACGCAGGCGCGCCGGGGGCGGUGGUUGCGGCGGUGGCGGCUGAGCGGGGCCGGAGCGGGGCCGGGCGGCCCAUGGGGCCGGGCCGCGCUGCCCAUGGAGUCGCCGCGGAGCUGCGGCGAUGGCGCGGAGGACGAGAAGAAACCGCGGCGGCGGGGCGGCGGUGCGGACGCCGGGCCCUCGCAGCUGCGGCGGCGGAGCAGCGGGGGCGCGGACGGCGCGGCGGUUCCGCAGCCCCGCGAACGCGGCGGGUCGGUGAGCCGGCAGCGGCGGGACUCGGUCCGCAAGAACCGCCCGCUCUUUCCCUGGUUUGGCUUGGACAUCGGAGGCACCUUGGUCAAACUGGUUUAUUUUGAACCCAAGGACAUCACGGCCGAAGAGGAAGAGGAAGAAGUGGAAAACCUCAAAAGCAUCCGCAAAUACCUGACAUCAAACGUAGCCUAUGGCUCCACAGGCAUUCGGGAUGUGCACCUUGAGCUCAGGGACCUUACCCUGUGUGGACGUAAAGGCAAUCUGCACUUUAUACGCUUUCCUACUCAUGACAUGCCUGCUUUUAUCCAAAUGGGAAGCGAAAAGCACUUCUCGAGCCUCCAUACUACCUUAUGUGCCACGGGAGGUGGAGCGUACAAAUUUGAGCAGGACUUUCGCACAAUGGGUGACCUUGAGCUGUGUAAGCUCGAUGAGCUGGAUUGCCUCGUUAAAGGAGUGCUGUACAUCGACUCCGUGGGCUUCAAUGGACACUCGGAGUGUUACUAUUUUGAGAACCCCACGGAUGCUGAGAGGUGCCAGAAGCUCCCUUUCAACCUGGAGAAUCCCUAUCCUCUCCUCCUGGUGAACAUUGGCUCAGGGGUCAGCAUUUUGGCUGUCUAUUCCAAAGACAACUAUAAACGGGUAACAGGCACCAGCCUUGGAGGGGGAACCUUCUUUGGUCUCUGCUGCCUUCUGACGGGCUGCUCCACGUUCGAGGAGGCCCUGGAGAUGGCAUCCCACGGGGACAGCACCAAGGUGGACAAACUGGUGAGGGACAUCUAUGGAGGAGACUACGAGCGCUUUGGGCUGCCAGGCUGGGCUGUGGCAUCCAGCUUUGGAAACAUGAUGAGCAAGGAGAAGAGGGAAUCUGUCAGCAAGGAGGACCUGGCCAAGGCCACUUUAAUCACCAUCACCAACAACAUCGGCUCCAUAGCGCGGAUGUGUGCCCUUAACGAGAACAUCAACCGUGUGGUGUUUGUGGGCAACUUCCUUCGGAUCAACACCAUCUCCAUGAGGCUCCUGGCCUACGCCCUGGACUACUGGUCAAAGGGACAGCUAAAAGCACUUUUCUUGGAACAUGAGGGUUACUUCGGCGCAGUCGGCGCUCUCCUGGGCCUCCUGGACUCAGCCUGACUCCCUGCAGGAUCUGUGUUGCACCUAUGGAUUCAGGGCACUCCCUGGGCCACUGAGCCGUGGUUUGGGGGUCACUGAGCCCGUGUUUCGUGUCACAGCCCCCACUGAGACUGUUCCACUGUGGUGGACAGUGUGGGGAUGGGUGUCUGCAAGGGUUGAAAUCCAUCUGGGAUUACAGCGCAGGUUUGUCCCAAAGGAUGUGAUUGGAAUACACUGGCUGGACAUGGGCGUGUCUGGGAAGGUCAGUGGGGCGUUUCAGUCACAUGGAAUUGCCCUUUUUAGGGCAAUUUUUUUAGUUUUACUCUGUGUUUAAUGACGGUGACAAAACAGGGCAGGGGCACUCUGCUCCUUCUGCUGGGAUCCCUUGGAGUGCCAAGUGCCCAGGUCAGUUCUGUGUUCACAAUCAGAGGUUCUCCAUGUGCUGGAAAACGGUCUGGGAAAGGGGAAGAGCAUCAGCACAGCCCUGGUGUGUGUAACUAACUCCCUGUGGCCCCUGGAUCCACACUGGGACACAGCUGUGCUGUCAGCCAGGCUUUAUUUAUCCCUGUUCCACGUGUCCUUGUCUCUGUCCUAGGCACAGCACGGGUCUGUGCCUCAGGGUGAGUCCCAUUUCGGCCUCCAGCUCUCCUGCACAGUCCUUUGGGAUGGUGUCAGUCACCCUCCAGCCUUGAGAUCUAAAUUUGAGGGUGGAAUUGGGAUAUUUGUUGUUUGUUUGUCUGGGGUUUUCUCUCUGUUACCAAAUUCCACCAAAGACACACUUCCUUCAGUCGCACUUGGAUCUCUCUAAUAUUCCAUGUUGCAUUUUUAAUGGCUGCACUCCUGUCGUUUUGGGGGAAUUCUCCCCCUUCCAUGUGUGCUCUACUCCCUCUUUUCCCUGUGCAUGCUGCCAGGCAGCCUGAGAGCAGGAUGCUGCAGUGUGGAGCCCCCGUGGAAGCUGCACCCUGAGGAUGGGGGGUUGCAAUGGAUCCUGCACGCUCAAUAAACGCUCUGUAAAAGCAACGAGGUAUCUGCACCUUCCCUCGGGAUGGGAGCUCAUGGAGACACAGCUUUGGAAGUGCUCUGUGGAGCGCAGGGAAAGCUCCUCAGAUCCUUCAGAUCAGGUGAGGGUGUCAGGUUUAUCCCAGGAUAUCAGAAUGACCAUCACCCUGACCCCAACACACCCUUCCAGUCCUGGUUUCUUCCCAGAAAAACCAGUUUCCAGCUCUCUGAUCCCCCUGUGAGCCUGGCUGGAAGUGCUGAGCAGUCCGAGGUGGGUUCCUUGUGUGGCACCUCCCUCUGAAAAGGGAGGAACCUACAGAUUCAGAGGGUGAUUGCUUUGCUGUUUGUCUCUAAACCUCAGCUGCCUGUGAGCUGGGAUUGUGGGCACAGCCAGGGAUUUGAUCACAGUAAAAUCAGGGAAAAAAGACUGCUGCUCUGUUCCACAAGGUGGUACUGGACAGCUGAAGGCUGGAGCAGGAUCAUACAGCUCAGGGAAUGGUUUGGGUGGGAAGGGAUCUCAAAGCCCCUCUCACUGCACCCUACUGUGGGCAGGGACACCUCCCACUGGCCCAGGGUGCUCCUGUCCAACCUGGCCUUGGACACUUGCAGGAAUCCAGGGUGGGCAGCCUGUUUGGGAUCAGCUGAUUUCAAGUUCUCGUUUAGUCUUCACUCCUUAUGAAAUCACACAAAGGUUCCCAAACUCUCCAUUAGAAACAUCUCCAUUUCCAGAGUGCUGACUGAAGGGUUUUGGGACUCAGCUCCUGCUGUCCCACCUGAAAUUUAACACAAAUUUAACCUGGCUGGCCUUUCACCCACCCUCACAGCCAAAGCUCAUGGAAAAGGCACAGAAACUUUGGGUUUUUGGGAUGUCUGUGUGCCUGGGACCUGUGUGGCUCCUUGAUGUAACUGCAAGGCUGGGAAUUCCCAGCAGCAAUCCCAGAGCCCGAUCCACCCCAUCCCUGCCCCAAACUGGUGUCCCUGGGCUCAGCAUCCUGCAGGUUUUCCACUUCCUCACUCCAUACAUGUGUGUGUAACUCCCUCUUCUCUGGAUUUUGGAGUAGAUCCAGCACGAGCUGAUCCCUGCACCAAAGUUCCUGGCUUAUUGUCUAUUCCUUUUUUGUAAACUGCUUGAUUUUUUUCUUCUUAUAUAAAAUAUUACAGUUAUUUUUUAUAUGCUUCAAA